CAGAAUGCCACCUGAAUAGAUAGUAAAAGAGAAUGAGUAAUCCUAGUAGCUCAAAUUUGCAGUCGUCAUCAAAAGACGAACCAGUCAGCUCAUCGCUCCAAAAAAAUGUGAAAAAUGAUGCCCCUAAACUUCGGAAACUGUCUAUUGAUGGCGAUUCAGACUAUGAGGAUAGAGGACCAGAGGAUGAAUCCCUUGAAAUGGCUAGACGUGCUUAUAAUCAACAAUUAUCAGACGCUUUUAAAGAUGGAUUCCGUGAAGGAUUCGACAAAGGUCAAAUCAAACUGGCUCAAGAUGUGUUCAAUGAGACACAUGCUAAAGCUGCUAGGUCACAAGUGCCUUAUGGUCAAUACCUGGGCUUAAUCAAAGUGAUGGAGAGCAGGUUCUUAACCAUCCAAAACAUGGACUCCAAAUCGUCCGAGGAGUUAAAAGCUAUUCUGGACACCAACAGUGCAAGCGUCAACAAGCCAAUGACAAGAGCAGUACUUCUGACUAGGUUAAAAGCCCUCAGAGAAGCAAAGGCUGUUGCGCAGAAUACAGCUCUUGUUAGCUUGAUCAAAGAAACGGAAAGUUCGCUGGCGAAACUGACUAAUUAACUUAGUUUAGAAUAAUGAGUUAUGAGUAUGUGUAAUGAUAGCACAACUGCUUUAUCGCUCUAUGGUUUUGAACAGAUACAAAAUGAGUAUUUUUGAAACGAAAUCAUUUUUGAGUUGAGAUAUCUAGGUCUUGAAAUUAUUUCAUGAAUCAACCAUAGUUUCUAAUAGGGCAGUUGAUGUGCAAAAUUUAAUUCAAUUUGCAGUAAUUUUUUCUUCAA